GCUCGCGCUGUAUCCAGGAAGAGACGAUCCCGUUGUCAAGCAAACUUUUCCAGCCAGCAACUGCAGCAGCCCAGCUUAGCUGUUCACUCGUCCUCUGGGAAAAGAUCCAAAAUAGUUAUACAGACUUUAACUCACAUUUAAUGGCGCUUUUAAGGUAGCUGCUGGCUGGAUAAGAUGGAUCCUUUACAGAGUAUCCUUCCAAUUAGGCGUCCAGGUACUGCUCUGUCUUCAGUGACAGAGUUGGUUGGAUCUGGACAGAUAAACCCGUGUCCUGCCACUGCUGUGGACACAGACCCCCUGUCUGAAUUUAUACUUUCUCCAGAAAAGCUGAAAAGUUUGACUGGAUCUGAUGAUCUAGACCAAGUCACAACCUUUGAGAUGUGUGUGGACAUUCGGGAGAAUACCUUGGGCAACUUUGGUGUGUACUUGCCCAAGCUUGUGCAGCUGAAAAUGAACAACAGUUUGAUCUUAUCUGUGAGGGAUCUCGGAACCACUCUCUCACACAUCCAAGUGCUCUCACUGGUUCGCUGUGGCCUGGCCGACUUGGACGGAAUCUCCUCACUCCUAUCUCUGAAGGAGUUGUAUGUGGCCUACAACAAUGUGUCAGACCUGAACCAGGUUGGUAUGCUGGAGAACCUGGAGCUGCUGGAUCUUGAGGGGAACAAUGUGGAUGACCUGUCCCAGGUGCAGUACCUGGGUCUCUGUGGGCAGCUUAGAACCCUGUCCUUGAUGAGAAACCCAGUAUGUACGUGCCCCCGUCCUGACAAGCCAGAGGUACCCGACUACAACUAUAGAGCUGCUGUAAGGAAGCUGAUUCCACAGCUACAUGUCCUAGAUGAUGCUCCAGCGGAGGAGGUGGAGCUUCGCUGUUCCAGUACUCUGAUGGAGGAUGAGACUGUGCUCACAGAGUCUAUUAAAGACAGUGCAUCCAUUACAGACACUGCCAGUGGCAGCUUAGAAGACGAAAGAGCUGCCUCUGUAUGUGGCCUGUCCCGCCCCUGCUCUGCCCAACGCCCAGGCACAAGCCUCAGCUUCAGUAGCAUCUCCAGUCGUCCUUCAACCGCCAGGCCUCUCUCGUCCUCCUCUGACUCCAGACCUGGCUCAGCUUCCUCUGAUCCUGACACCCUGGAGCACGAGAGUGAUCUAACACACGGGGUAGGAAGGAUCCUGUUUUGUGGGAAUCCUGUUCAAGCUGUCAGAGCUCGGCGGCAGAAAAUCAAGCACCAAGUCACUAACUCCCACUCCAGACCAUGUACUCAGCUGGGUACUUACGUUCCUGAGCACACGUAUGAUGUCGAAGAGACAAACAGUCAGGACCGCAGUGAUGUCUUUGCAGAACUCAGAGCCUGGAGGGAAGAACAUAGCAAACGUCUUUUGGCUCUUGAGAAAGAACGUCAGCCACAGAUUAUGAAAAUUGUACAUGGUAAUAAUGAUGACACUGAAGAUAAUGAUGAAACUGAUGAUGAUGAUGAAACUGAAGAUGAUGAUGAAACUGAAGAUGAUGAUGAUGAAAGAAGCCAUACUCUCAGUCUCAUCAGCAACAAAGAAGAGAAGUUAUUAAUGGGAGGACAAUCUGCUGACCACAGAUAUAUUGACCCACCAGAUUGCUCCUUCCAGUCUCCUUCGUCUCCUUCAGAGCUGCCUGAUGCAGGUGCUGUAUCUCCAGAGGUGUCCAGACUCUCUUAUUUAUCAGACCACACCCAGUCUCCUUCUCCACCAUCCAGAGACACGGCACCAUCCACCAGCAGGAAGAUAACGGAGAUACGUGCCCGUAGACUACGAGUCAGUACCUCAGGUGUUGGUGCGCAGAAACCUACAGGAGAAAUCCUUUUACCAAACAAAUCAUCAAUCAGAAGAGAUACAGUCUCUACGUCUGUGAGUGCUGAGACUAUGAACAUUCAAUCUCUACCUCUAAAACUCCUGCACAAGCCUCACAGACCAGACUCCAGCCCUGCAGUCCUCCCGCAGAGGGAACCUUGUUCAGGACUUCCUGGAAGAUCCAGUCUGUCCAUCAAUGAGCAGGAGGAGAUCAUUUGCUCCAUUACACCCCAGAGGCCAACACCCACACGCCCUCACACAGCCAGAGCCUCUCUUCAGAGACAUGCUGGACAUCGCACACUCCUGCCUGGCAGAGGAAGCCCACAUCUGGAUUAAGGCCUUUUGGGUCUGUUUAAACCUGGCAUUUGUGUGCGUUUUGUAUUCGGACAGGAUCUGGUUUAACUUUGACCAGAUUCUGUUUACAUUUGUCACUAAAAUGCACCUCCAGUGUGACCAGAUAAGAUCCGAUCUUAUUUUCCAGCAAUAAAAAUUCAUCAACAUGGGGUGCCGAGUGGUCCAGCGGUCCAAAACCGCUGCCACUAUGAACAGGAGGUUGCAUGUUCGAACCCCAGCUCAUGCAGCUUUGCCAUCAAGCUGCCGGCGCUCAGAGGGAGCAAAAUUGGCCCUGCUCCCUCUGGGUGGGUAGAUGGCGCUCUCUCCCUACAUCACUCCUGUGGUGAUGUCUGCAGCACAGGGCGUCUGUGAGCUGAUGUAUCGGAACCGAGCCGCUGAUCUGUCCUCCAAGUGCGCUGUGAUGCUACUCAGCAAUCGAAAAGAAGCGGUGGCUGACUUCACAUGUAUCGGACGAAGCAUGUGUUAGUCUUCACCCUCCUGGUGUGUUGGGGCAUUACUAAUGAUAGGGGGAGUCCUAAUGAGUGGGUUGGUUAAUUAGCUGUGUAAAUUGGGGAGAAAAUAGGAAAAAUUUGAAAUAAAAUGAAAAAUCAUCAAUACAUUUUUGCUUGAAAGAUUUUGCACAAAGAAGACGCAUUCUAUUUACAUCUGUUGAAUGUACAGAAGAUCCAUCUCUGACGUUCUGAAUGCGGUUUGAGUGAUCUGGUCACAAUGUGUUUUGGCUUUUUAUGCAGAAAAGUGCAAUCUGAACAUGGUCCAAUCAUCAGAAACGAAUGCUAAUUCCAGGUGUAAACAGGCCCUUUGGCUCUGAGACACUGUGAACUGCUUUUGGAGGACGGUCUUCAGAGGAUACUAAGGUGCCCUAUGGGCUCUGUGAGCUCAUGGACCAUCAAAAAUGUGUGGACAAAUGGUGAAAUAUGGAAAUUACGUUUGUGAACAGUAAUGUUCAUUCUCUGCUUAACUGUAUUAGCCAUGUGCUAUGGCUAUGCGCUAUGGCUAUUAUCUAUGUGCUAAAGCAUAUAGAUAAUAUGAUUUGAACAUACUGAAGAAAUUUUUGUUGAGUCUCAAAAAUGCUUUUAAAUUAAAAGCAUUUUAAACUGAA